GACUAAUCUUUCUGAGUUUAAUAUCAGGUACAUCUACCAGUUUACAGUUACACGGUGGAUAUACACAGCUGAACAUCAAAAAUGGGUGCACCAACGCUGAGUUUUGAGAAUGAAGUUUUCGCAAAAUUUGCGUUUUAUGCUGGAAUAGUUUUAUUAAAAACAAUGAUCAUGAGUGUAUGGACAGCAAGAUAUCGCAUACCAAGAAAGGUGUUCAUCUCCCCGGAAGAUUAUGGUAGUAAAGGACCAAAGACCCUGACAACUGACCCGGAUAUUGAACGAGCCAGAAGGUGCCAUCUUAACGACCUUGAGAACGUAUUACCCUUUGUUUUGAUUGGCUUCUUCUACGUUCUGACUGGCCCGGAUGUUGGAAGCGCCACCUUGCACUUCCGGUUGUUUGCAGGAUUCCGUCUGCUCCAUACCAUCGUCUAUAUGUUCGUAGUACCACAGCCUUCACGUGCAAUAGCGUUUUUUGUCGGAUUCUUUGUGAACAUAUCAAUGGCAAUAUCUGUGAUAAGAGCCGGCAUGUUUUAAAUUCACGUUCAGUGUAUCUGGGACAGACGUUAUCAUUUCAAAUCAUUCUGCUUGUGUAGUCAUGUCUGUCUAAAUUAAGAAUGAGAGAUUGUCUCACGGCUUAAAUGAUACUUAUGAUAAACUAUAUGUGUGACGUUAAAUUUACAUACAGGCUUUCAUAGAAAUUUAUUAUCAUCCUACUUGUUUAAGUUUGUGCAUGAUAUGAAUUGUAAAUCAUUGCACCGACACGACAUAUGUUUACUGAAUAUGCUUUAUGUUUAGAAAGAUUGUUGAUAAAAGCUUGUCGUUAAUAUGUUAGUUAAUAAAGCAACAUAAAGUUGGAUUUAUCAUGA